CGUAUCGUCAACUGCAACUGCUGACACCGAUCAUGGCUGAACACGACUACGAAACCACAGAUGUGGUUAUCUGUGGCUGCGGGCCAACCGGGGCUAUGCUCUCUGCGUAUCUCGGCCGGCUAUCCGUUCGACACAUCGUGCUGGAAAAAGAGGACGGGAUAACCACGGACCCGCGGGGUAUUGCUCUCGAUGAAGAUGGGAUUCGUUUGCUUCAGGGGAUUGGGAUUUAUGAGCAUGUGUACAGGGAUAUUGGGACUUGCAUGCAGAAAUUCAAGUUCAUCGGAGGGACGGAGAAGACGCUUGAUACCAUGCCUUUUCUGGAGAUGGAUUAUGGAACGACCGAAGGUGGCACCGGGCAUAUAGGCUUUAUAUGCCACAAACAACCAACUCUGGAGAAACAUCUUCGGGAUAUAAUGUCAUCCUCUGAAUACUGCCAAUUGAGAUCUAAUUGCACCGUUUCUGAAAUCAGCGAAGACAACAACUAUACAUAUUCUCGCUACCAAGAUGUAAACGGAACCACACACACGAUUAAAUCCCGAUUCUUCAUCGGCGCAGAUGGUAAAACAGGCUUUACCAGAAAGAAUUACCUCGAGCCAUUGGGUAUACACAUGGAACAAGCUCAUCAAUCAUUCUACGACGAAACCUGGGUAGCACUAAACUGGACCAUAACCCUUCCAACACCAACAACUCACCCAGAUUUCCCAUUAUGGGAACUAGGCUUCACACCCCAACAAGUCUACGAUCUUUUCUUCCCAACCAACUUCCGCUUUAUCUGCAACCCAAAUCGUCCUGCCGUAUGCGGUCGCUUCGGCCUCCCAGAAGACAGGUUAUGUCGUUUCGAGUUCGUCGUUCGAAGCGAUGAAGAUGGAGAUGAGAUGGCCAGUCCUGCGAAGAUUAAAGAGGUUGUUUUUCCGUACUUCUCACAUACUGGGAGUCGCUAUGGGUUGUCGCGGGAUGUUCGAUUCCCGGAAGAUUGCAUCCAUGUCCUCCGCUCCAGACCAUUCAGGUUCGCUGCGCGAAGCUGCAAUGAGUGGUUUCACGGCCGAGUCGUUCUCUGUGGUGAUGCCGCGCAUGUUUUUCCUCCAUUCGGUGGCCAAGGCAUAGCCUCCGGCUUCCGCGACGCCGUCUCCCUAUCCUGGCGUCUAGCUCUCCUCAUCCGCCAACCUCUCCCCUCCCCCACCUACACUCCCAAAACCAAUCACCAACAAAUCCUACAAUCCUGGUCCCGCGAACGCAAACAACAACUAACCCGCUCCCUCUCCGCCACAAUCGCCAACGGCGCCUUCGUAACAGAGCACAACCCGCUCAAAAUCCUCCUCCGCGAUUGGUCCCUCUACAUUCUCUCGUUUCUACCGACUUACCGCCGAGAUAUGAGACUCGGGCACAGGAAAAAGGGGAUGAUUCGGUAUGAGUUUGCGGAUGGGAUGCCGUUCGUUCCGGGGUUGGGAGGUGGGGUUUGUGUUCCGCAGGUUUACGUUUCUGGUUGGAAAGGGGGACGAGGGGGGGAUGAGGGGGUUUUGUUUAGUGAUGAUGUGGUUUUUGGGAGGGGGAAGAGGGGGCUUUUUCAAGUGUUGGUUUAUAUUCGAGAUUUGAAUGAGUUACCCUCCGCGCGAGAGGUAGUCUCAACCAUCGAGCAAACAUCAAACGGCGAACUACCCGCCACCGAAGCAACCUAUAUCAUCGAGACUACUACAACUACACCUUCCCCAGAAACAGAGGAUACAAUGUCCCCAGUCUACAGACUCGCUACAACGGAAGAGUUUGCCGGUUCACCAUUAUGUCGAGGACGCCCGGAGCCAAGACAUUACAACCCUUAUUAUCUUGGGGAGAUUUUGGGAGGGGGAGGGGUUAGGUAUGUGAUUGUAAGGCCGGAUCGGUUUGUUUAUGCUUCUUGUGAUAGUCAGAGGGAUUUGGAGGGGGUGGUUGGUGGGUUAGUGGAGUAUCUGAGAGGGGAGCCAUUGAACUGGUGACGACUUACAUCAACCUCGCUCGCGUCUCAGCGUAAACAUAUCGAAGCAAAUAUUCAUUUGCUGAAAUAGGAAUAACAAUAUAUUUCUGCGCUCUACUCGAAUAAACAUAGUCGUGAACAUAAUACGGG